AUGCCGUAUGGACCGUACUCGAGCUUGUGUCAAUGUCCCCAGAAGGAAGGAUUAUACCAGCAUGUUUCAACGAGAACACUGAAAAAACCUAAUUCAGCUCUAUGUAAGAUAGCCAAAUCGCAGAUCAACCAAGUUCAGGCCAUCAGGCUGCAAUCUCCCUCCAGCAGCUCGGCUCAGCUUGGAUGCAGCGCAACAGCACGACCAGGCGUCACAGGACUAAUGAGUGGCGCCCAGCAGUGCGACCCAAGUGUCGCGGGCCUUUUUCCACAUCCAGCCCAUCAAGUUCCGCGGCCCAGUAUCCGCUCCCAGUGGUCAGCCCGCACCAGCCCGUGCCUCCACCUGUUGCAGCCAGCGUGUAGGCCCGGUAAAUCCUGCGCGUCCUUCCCAACAAUGGCCCAUUUCCCAGCGGACCAACACGUGUAUCCUCAGCCCUGUACACCCAGCAGCAGCCCAACCUCCUGCGUUUCAGCCUGCCAGCGCCCUAGCUGCAUCCGUACCAGCCCAGUGAUGCAGACAACGAGCCUAGUGUGCCAUCCAGCAAGUCCACACAUCCAGCUGCUCAUGUGCGACGUCCGCGGUGUGCUGCGCUGA